AUGCCCACUGCCGGCCACGCCCGAAAUGCCCGGCUGUUCGGUAUCGCUCAUCACACCUUGACGGCCCUUCGGGAAUUGGUGCCUUCGCGAUUCUUCGAGUCGGUGGCCACCGAUCAGGUGCAGAACACCCUGAAGCAAGCCCAAGCGGCCGUCGUCAUGCCGAUCUUCACCAACCUCCAGAGCGCCCUUUCAAAGGCCCUCAUCGCCGCCUGUAUUCAGGGAGAAGGCGAGAGCCAACUCCUCGCCGUCAGCCAGGCGGCUGCUCAUCUCAGUCGCCAGUUUUUCUCCCUUUUCGGGGCGGGCCAGCUCCAGGGUCACCUCCGGGAGUUUUGCAGCUCUGCGCUGCGGUUCUUCUUGUCCGCGGCCGCUUUGUCACGGUCUCCGCUCCGCCAAGAGCUGACGACCCUCGAAAGCCUCCUGCAAAGCAUCGACCCCGACUAUGCCUCCCACCUCCGCUAUGAGGCAUCCGUCCUGAAGGAGUUCGCGAAGCUUCUGAGCAGCACAGCUGUGGAGUCCCAAGACUUCGAGGAGCUCGCCAACGUCAUCCCCUUGCAUCUGCUGCUCACCUUCCUGCUCCAUCGGCUAAAGGUUCCGAGCCUGCCGGAGUUCUUGGGGCAGUCGCCAGCGCAGUAUCUCGAAGCAGCUGUGCAGCUAUGGGACGAGAAGCCACGGGCACUGGAGGCCUUCAAGGCCAACGUCGCCAAUCUCUCCGACAAGUACAACCUGGACCCCACCGAGUCGCCCCUAGUGAUUGAGCGCUACAGCACAAAUCUCAGAGCAGGUCUGAACACUGCGGAUGCCGAUAAGAAGCUGAAGGAGGAUGGACUGAACGAGCUGCACAAGCCACCCAAGCCAACGUUGCUGAUGCUCUUCAUCAUGCAGCUGCUGGGGUUUAUCAUCAUCCUCCUCAUCAUUGCGGCUGUGGCAUCUAUGGCUGUGAAUGCGACGGGAACUCGGGCCGAAGAUCCCUUGUCCUACACCACCGGCAUCGCGAUUUUCGUGAUUGUGCUCCUCAACGCGGGCAUUGCUGCAUGGACUGAGCACAAAGCCGGAGAUGCGCUGGAGGCGCUCUCCAAGAUGACCCAAGCAGCGAUCUAUGUGGUUCGAGAUGGGCAUCCUGGCAGCAAGAUGGAGGUCGUUGUCAAGUUCAUGGUCAGCGGCUGUGUUAUCAGCAAGACUGUCCCAGUGCCCUAG